AUGGCUGCACUGCCCCUUGCUAAGAUAUCAGAGCGAUUGCCUGAUGGUUUCUUGAAUCAAUUAGAAGAGAAUGUUAAUCCCAUGAAAAGUGUCAAAACAGAGGUGAAAUAUAUCUCUGAGAAAUUGACAACAAUUGGAGGAUUGAUGUCUGAUGCCGAGAGGAGAAAACUGAAGGAGGAAGAAGUCCGAAUUUGGCUACAAAAGCUUGAUGAAUUAUGGGUGCAACAUCAUAUUGCCUCGAGAAUUAAGGCAAUAUAUGAUGAACUGGAAGUGAUUUGGAAUGAGGCAGCUCUAUUCAAGUUCGUUAAAAGCCAUCUAGCUACUUGUGAAAAACCUGGUAGCAAUCUUUGUGAUGAGUUAGAGGCGUUUGGUCGAGAAUCUGACAGGGAUGUUAUAGUAGGCCGUCUAGUAUCUGAGAGUAGUAACAAAAGGGAUGUUGGAGUUCUUGUUAUCUCUGUAGUUGGCACUGGAGGAAUUGGAAAAACAAAUCUGGCUAGGAUAGUCUUCAAUGAUGAUAUGGUGAAAACUCACUUUAGAACAUCUAGAAAUGGGAGCACUCUGUCUAGGAAGAAAUUUUUGCUUAUCUUGGAUAGUGUAUGCAUUCAGGAUGAGAUAAAAUGGCUGAAAAUUAGAGACUCUCUCAAGGAUGGAGUCAGUGGAAGUGGAAUCUUGGUUAUAACUAGGAGUGAAAGAGCGCAAUUGAUGGGCACAACUUAUAUGCACCACUUGAAACAAAUGCCUGAUUCAGAUUGUUGGGAAAUAUUAUCCAGGAGAGCAUUCCAAGGGAGGAGUAAAGAAAUCUUCGGGAAAGUGGAACAGAUUGGCAAGGGGGUUGCAAAGAAGUGUAAUGGUUCACCACGAGCUGCAAAACUUGUGGGAAGUCUCUUACAAUCAUGGUUCAAAGUCGUGGUUGUGGUUGCAGUUGCGAUAUGGGAAUUGGAGGAAGUAUCUGUGGACGUUGAACUUUUCCCUGCUUUAUAUUUAACUUAUCAUGAAUUGUCUCCUGAACUGAAAUGUUGCAUCAGAUACUGUGCAGUCUUUCAGAAAAAUUUGAAGAUAGACGUGGAAGGUUUGAUUAGACUGUGGAUGGCACAAAGUUAUAUUCUCAACUCAUCAGAGGCAAAUGAAAUACAGAUGGAAGAAAGGGGACGCGAGUACUUUACUCUGUUGUACGAAUUUCCUCAAGGGCUUGAGAAAAUGACUUGGCUUCGUACUUUGACAAAUGUCAAAAUCGGUACAGUGUACUUCAACUGGAGCAGUCUUAAGAACCUAAACCAACUUCAGGAAUUUAUGCACAUUCAAAUCUUUGACAUGGUUGGAACUGCAAAUGCUAAACUCGAAGAAAGAAGCACCUCAAAAAUAUGA